AGUUGCGCAUAACAGUUGGAAUGAGGAGGUCAUAUGAAUCAGAAUUGGUCAUUUUCGCGAUCAUUGUGUUUGAAUACUGUUUUCGCUAUCUAUAUGCAGUGCCAUACAGUUGCUACGCUGAUGUAUGUAACGUGGAUACAUCAGCGCAAUUCUGUGACGUAGUAUACAGACGAUGUCGACGUUGUGAAGAUGUACGGACUGAUUGUUUUAGCAGAAUGAUGACGUACAACUGCACGAGCUAUUGUUACGAUAUGAAACACAGACAUGAUAUGGAGCAACUUCGUGUAUCUGGUUGCAAUACUCCUUCGCCUCCAGAACACGUACGUUAUCACGUCAACACCACUCGCGUAUCGUUUAAUACCACGUUAGUGGCAUCAUGUGACACAGGAUACAGCCUGUUAGAUGGCGAUCAGUAUAUAUGCAAUAACUUCUCAGUGUGGACUGGUACAAGACCUAUUUGUGAAGUUUCAGAAACUGGAAGUUCUGUUCCGACAGUCGUCAUUAUGACGGUGAUUGCAAUUACAAUACUGAUUGCCAAUUUGAUUGGUCUAUUCUUCGGAUAUAAACGUUGUCAGAAAAACAUGUAUUUACAACACACGUGUAAACAAAACAACAUUUGUGAAACAAACAAUUCCAAUUGUGACCAGAACCUUAUAAGCACUUAUCAACCCCAUCAGACGGGAGACAUCGCAACCAACUUACCUCAGAGCACAGAACAAACAACGUUCAUAAGAAAUUCACAAAAUACAUUUGGGUUGGAACAUGAAUUAGAUCGCCGUCUGCCUCUUUUGCAUGAUGACAUUGAUGGUAACGAACGUGAGGGUGAACCAGACACGAGUGAUUCGAACAUACCAGUAUCACUCCAAAUAUCUUUCACGAGUGAGAUUCUGAAUCCGUUACCAACAAGCGAUUGUUUGUCGAGAGCCAACUAUCCCUCCUACCCAAAGGCGAUUAAGACAAAAAUUACUACAUAUUCAACGCAACCGGAAUAGAUACCAAAUGUAUAUUGGCGUUGAGAUUGUCGUACCUUUGACGUCAUUCGAUCCUAGAUCGUCAGUCAAAACCCAUUCUUCGUAUGGGCGGUAUGGCCGUAAUAAUAUUCCUCGCAACGAAAGAUACUGUGUUUGUUGCAAUAGUAGAGAUAUUGAAGAUGAGUUUCACUUUGUUUGUAUUUGUCCAUGUUAUAGUGUUUUACGACAAAAGUACCUUAAAAGGACUUUAUAUGUUAAUCCAUCUGUGUUUAAGUAUCACCAAUUACUGACUUCAUCCGAUAAAAACGAACUUGUCAAGUUGUGUAAAUAUAUAAAAAGAAGCAUUUGUAAUUCGCAAUUUAUUUAUCAAUAAUACCAUAUAACCGGUAUCACUUACAAAUCUUUCUUUCAUAAUAUGUUUAGAAAAUUUACUAUAUGCAUUUUCUUCAUUUGUAUUUG